AUGACUUGCGUCAAGGCAUACAAACUCGUCUCACUAUGCAUAGUCAAUCCACACGGUAGGCUGUUAAUCUUGGCACCCAAGGAAAAUGCUGAUCUGGACUCUGGGCUGGAGCCCAUCCUAAAAGGCUCCAUUCCUACACUGAUGUCUGCCUACGAUAUUCACGAAAGUCGCGCAUGCAUUUAUAAGGUUGCCAAUUCUCAGAAAUAUCUAACUUUUGCAUUUCCAAUUAAGGAUGAGUACUUCAAUUACCUUUGCAAACGCAGCAAUAUUAUCGAUGUUGAGCGAGCUACCAAUGCAGCAUACGACUUCGCCAUAGUCUUGGAAGAUCUUAAUCAUCUCAGUUGCAGCAUGCGGCCCACAUUCUGCAAACAGAGAUACGUGAAGCGGGAUAUCAUCCACAGACUCCAAAUGAGCCGGUAUUGGCGCCAUAUGGAUCUGACGCUGAAGACAAUAAGAUACAACUAUUCCAGUCAGUUUCCAGCCCAAGUCGAUCAGCAAAGGCUUUGCUCUCACGUUCACUCGCAGGCUUACAGUCUUUGGUUGAUGAGCAAGGGUGGUCAUUCCCAAAAAAAUUUGUCCCUGUACUGCUUCCUCAUAGAACUCUUGUGUAUUGACAGGAGCCUGCGUAUCAAAUUCAUCUUGUAUGUCUUCCGCGGCAUCCAACUCACGAAGCUUACGCCAUCUCUGCAACGGUCCUGUUUCAGAUUUAGAUGUAGCCAUAGCAGAAUCUUCAACUGGGGAACCAAUAUUUUGAUCUUCUUCCUCAUCACUGUCCCCACCUAUAUGAAUCACAAUAUUGACGGGAUCAGCGCUUUGGAAUUCAGAGGUGUUUCAAGAAUCUCGUCGAUCCCUUCGUGUUUUUCGUUUUCUCUCGAUAAGAGUGCGUUGUUAACAGGCAGCUUCUCGCUGAGUUUAUCUUCUGCUUCCGGUAUAAUCCGAGGAGGAAGAGUAAUGAAUCCUGUAGUUGUAGGGUCAAAACCGAGAUCUUCCUUGUCCUUUUCAAACGAGAUGGGACGGUACGCGUAUGCCACACACUGUAAAUCGUUCACCACAGCUGUCUG